AUGGGCGGUGGGGGUGGGGUGGGGGGGUUUUUAGAAUUGGUAAUGAGGGAGUGGGAGAAUAUAACAUAUGGUGAGCUGAAAUCGGUGGUUGGUUGGGGGAUUAUAUAUAUAUUGAAGAGGGGGGGGGGGGGGGGGGGGGGGGGGGGGGGGGGGGGGGGGGGGGGGGGGGAGGGUUGGGGUGGGGGGGGGGGGGGGGGGGGGGGUUGGGGUUGGGGUGGGGGGUGGGGGGGGGGGGGGGGGGGGGGGGGGGGGGUGGGGGGUGGGGUGGGGGGGGGGGGGGUGUGUUGGGGGGGGGUGGUGGGGUGGAGGGGGGGGGGGGAGAUAGAAGGUUGGGAAUGGGGAUUUGUUUUGUUUUGUUUUAAUCUGUAG